AUGGGAUUACUUCGCUUUUUCAAAAGCAAAUCAACUCAACAUUUAAGUGAUUUGGUCAACAAUACUCUUGUACUCGACGAUCACAAUAAUAAAUUAUCAGAGGUGGACUCAAUAUCAUCAUCAUCUUCGUCAUCAUCAUCAUCUUUACAUACCAAUGAUGAACAUCGUAGUAGUAGUGUAGCAGUUUUUUCUCUUUCAUCAUCAUCUUCAACAUCGUCUUUGAACGAAAUUAUUGAUACAUCAUCAUUCAUGUCAACACGUAUAUUACCAGUGGGAUUUUAUCGUGAACAAGAUCAACCAUCACCACCACCGCCAUCAUCAUCGUCAUCAUCUACAACAACAAAUUCCAUUGAACAAAAUUCUUCAACAUCUAUAACAAAACGUUUUAAUACAUAUCGUCCAUAUGAAAAUGAUCCAUUACAAUUUCCAUCAAGUUGUUCCAAUACAUCUUCAUCAUCAUCAUCAUCUUCAUUAUCACUAACAACGAAAAAAGAAUUUCUAAUAAAUCAUACACGUACACAAAAUAAUCCAACAACAAAUUCAAGUCCAGCUGUACCUAUACCUAUUAAAUCAGCAGCUUAUUGUUCAACUGUUGAUACAUUAACAAUUGAACAAAAUUUAUUUAAUAUGGUACGAUUUGAUGUUGUUAAAUCGAAUUUUUGUGAUUAUUAUCAAUUGGGUGAUUUUGUACGUAGUGGAGGAUUUUCUGAUAUACAUGAAGGUAUUCGUUUAAGUGAUAAUAAACAAGUUGUAGUCAAAUUUAUUCCAAAAGAAAAAACAAAAAAUUGGUUAAUGAUUAGUCAGAAAAAAUAUCCAGCAGAAAUUUUAUUACAUAAAGCUGUACAUGAAAUACAAGGUAUUAUUCAUGUUUAUGAUUAUUUUGAGAAUGGUCAACAUUGGAUAUUAGUCAUGGAACGUCUACGUAAUUGUCAAGAUUUAUUCGAUUUUCUAGAAUCGAAAGAUCGUGGACGACUUAGUGAAGCAACAGCUAGAAAAUUCUUUCAACAAUUAGUUCAUAUCAAUUAUGCCAUGUUACGAAAGGGCGUUGUACAUCGUGAUCUUAAAAGUGAAAAUAUUUUAGUUGAUCUUGAUUCAGAAUCACUUGUAUUGAUUGAUUUUGGUGCCAGUGCCAUUUAUAAAUCUUCGACAUCUUAUUAUUCAGAUUUUCAUGGAACAAAACAGUAUAAAUCACCGGAAUAUAUUUUAAAAAAACGUUAUACUGGUGUACCAUCAACUGUAUGGACACUUGGUGUAUUACUGUAUGAUAUGGUUUGUGGAAGUUUACCUUUUGAAAAUGAAGACGAGAUAACUGGAUAUAAAUUAGUUCUUAAACCACAUCUAUCACCGGAAUUAAAAAAUUUAAUUCAACGUUGUCUCGCACAAAAUCCUGAUCGACGACCGUCCCUUGAAAGUUUACUUGAACAUGCUUGGGUUAAAGGUUAA